GCGCAUGGGGUCAGUGGAGCGGCAGCCAUUGCUACAUAUUUCUGAGUUGUCGUCCGAUGGAAUUGAAGAGGUUUUGGGAAAUAGAGUGGCGGUUGAGGGAGUGGGAUGGUGGGCGAGGGUUGUAGCAUGGGAGUCAAGGCUUCUUUGGGGGCUGUCUGCGGCAUCUAUAAUUGUCUCCGUAUUCAAUUACAUGUUGAGUUUCGUGACCUUAAUGUUCUCCGGUCAUCUUGGCGCAUUGGAGCUGGCUGGAGCUUCUAUAGCUAGUGUGGGAAUUCAGGGUCUUGCUUACGGGAUUAUGUUGGGCAUGGCCAGCGCGGUGCAAACUGUGUGCGGCCAAGCUUACGGGGGUAGGAAAUACGCAGCCAUGGGGAUCAUUUGCCAAAGAGCAAUUGUGUUGCACUUAGGAGCCGCAGUUCUCCUCACAUUUGUGUACUGGCAUUCAGCUGCAAUCCUUCAAGCAAUUGGCCAAUCUAAAAGCAUAGCUAAGCAGGGGCAAGUCUUCGCUCGAGGUUUGAUCCCUCAACUUUACGCAUUUGCUUUGAGCUGUCCCAUGCAGAGGUUCCUCCAAGCUCAGAACAUAGUAAAUCCCCUGGCAAUUAUGUCUGUUGGGGUAUUCCUAUUGCACAUUCUUCUUACAUGGCUUGCCAUUAAUGUCUGGGGAUACGGCCUUCUUGGAGCAUCCCUGACUCUCAGUCUCUCCUGGUGGUUUCUUGUCAUUCUGAACGGGCUUUACAUUGUUCUAAGUCCUUCUUGCAAGGAAACUUGGACCGGCUUAUCCGUCAAGGCUUUUAAUGGAAUUUGGCCUUAUUUCAAGCUUACUGUGGCUUCUGCUGUUAUGCUUUGCUUGGAAAUAUGGUACAACCAAGGACUGGUGCUCAUAUCUGGUCUUCUUCCUAACCCUACAAUCUCACUGGACUCCAUUUCCAUUUGCAUGAAUUACUGGAACUGGGAUAUCUGCUUUGUUUUAGGCCUCAGCGCAGCAGCCAGUGUUCGAGUGAGUAAUGAGCUAGGAGCAGGUCAUCCAAGGCUUACCAGAUUUUCAGUUAUAGUGGUGAAUGCCGCAAGCAUUUCCAUUAGUAUAGUUUUCAGUGCAAUUGUUUUGAUAUUUCGAGUUGGAUUAAGUAAAGCUUUCACAAGCGAUGCCGAGGUCAUAAAUGCAGUUUCCAAUUUGACUCCACUGCUUGCCAUCUCCGUUUUCUUGAAUGGCGUUCAGCCCAUACUCUCAGGAGUGGCGAUUGGGAGUGGGUGGCAACAUAUUGUAGCUUAUGUCAACCUGACCACAUAUUAUAUUAUCGGUCUUCCAAUUGGAUGCCUCCUUGGCUUCAAAACUAGUUUAGGAGUGGCAGGUAUCUGGUGGGGGAUGAUUAUUGGGGUCCUUCUACAAACAGCAACUCUAAUCAUUCUCACUGUCAGAACAAACUGGAAUGAGGAGGUUGAAAAAGCUGCUGACCGCUUGAAGAAAUCAGCCACUGAGGAGAGAUUACAGUUGGUGACAAAUGUAUGAGAGACAUCUUUCUCCAAGAUUCCGUUGGGAUGUAUGCAUCCAUCAUUUAGAGAUAUUUCGUUAAUCACGUUUUACGUUUUGCUUCAUUAGGAUGAAAUUGUUCAA